UUGAUGUAAUAUUUUUUGUGGCAUAGGUACUGUUUAACCAUGAAUGUUAUUGGAUUCGUAUAUUCUGGAUUUCAAGCAUGUGAUCUAGCCUACCAUUUGGCCACGGGAAAACAUGCAGUCUCUCACCAUCUGCGUUUCCAUUUUGAUUUCUCAAUGGAUCAGAUUCUGGCUUAUCUGCUAAUGUCAGCAUCAUCUUCAGCAGCUACGAGGGUGGACGACUGGAUGUCUAACUGGGGGAAAGACGAGUUCACAUUGAUGGCCAGUGUUUCUAUCGCGAUGUCAUUCCUGGCUUUUAUCGCCUUUGCCAUGAGCUCUCUCAUAUCUGGUUACAACCUUUGUUACUACGAGUCGACUUGACUUGAUUUCUCGCCAGUCUACCUCUGUACAUUCUUGUUUAUUUUUUUCUUUUAAUAAUUUUGAGUAUCUUAUGAAUUGAUAACUUAUUUCCGAAUAAAUUCUAAAAUUGUACAGAUGUAGUGAUGGUUUGAUAGGA